AUGCCGAACCGUCUGGAAGUAGCGGGGCCAGUGUUGAUCCAGUCGUCAACCCAUGAUAGCAUCGAUAUCGAGGAUCUUGCCGACCUGCAUUUGAAACAUGCGGCGCUCAAUGGGCGUAUUGACGAUGAAGCGCACAAAGUGAGUCUCUUUGAUUUGGCCAAUACGGAAGACACGGGAAAAGGCCUGCUGCUCGACCGCAUGGUUCCACCAGAGCUCGAUAAGGAUGACUCGGUUUCCCCGCGUGAGGUUGAGACACUGCCCUCCGGCGCGCAGAGAAACAAUCAGGACCUUGACCUCUUCUCCGUUCUGAAACUCGUCGACGGCCUUGUUGCGCUGCUCAGUGUUCUGCUUGCCGCUGAGGUAGGCAAAGCAGAUGCCUUCCGACUCCAGUAUGCGACCGAUGAUCUUCAUGACGACGUUGAACUGACUGAAGACUGA